UGAGGAAUCUAAGGAAGCUGUUGCAUCACUAAUGGUUACUGCAGCUAGAUUUUCUGAUUUACCAGAGUUAUGUGACAUUAGGCCACUAUUUCAAGUGAGAUAAGUGAAAUCUGGAUUAUUAUGUGGAUCAAAAGUUUGUUGAGAACAUAGCUUCAAAGCCUCCCACAUUGGAGAAGAAGGUUCAGUUGACAUAGCAUUGGAGUUUUCAAUAAAGUGGGACUCCAAGGCCUUUGAACAAAGGAUGUCUAAACCUCCUGCAUUUAUACAGUGCAAACCAUGAAAUUUUGGAUAUGUAUAGGGUUUCAGGCACAAGCAUCAAUCUGUGUAAGCAAAGCUAUGAAAUGGUGGGAGAAAACCCUAAAACUGAACAUGGUGGAGAUCCAUUCUGCUAAGAACUCAUUGAUUCUUUGCAUAAUGCUGGUGAUAGAGGUUGUAGUGGAUUUUUACUCACCUGGUUAUGGAGAUUGUAGAGCUCUGCAUCCCAAGCAGAAAAAUCCACCUAGGGAUUUGCAACCUCUGCUGCCGCAGCCACAAUUAGCUUCAAAUCAUAGUCAUGCUCAACCCGAUAAGCAUACAUUCUCUAUAAGCAAGUUGGCAAAUCUGCAGAAGGGCCUAACAAAAGCAAAAGCGGCACGUCUCUUGGACAAGCUUGUUUUUGACAAGAUAAAACAAGAGCUAGGAGGACAAGUUCGUAUAAUGUUGUCUGGUGCUGCACCUUUGCCCAGGCAUGUGGAGGAAUUUAUCAGAAGGAUAUGUUUGUUAAAUCGUGUAGGCCUUUCUGAAAGCUGUGGUGGGUGUUUUACGUCCCUUGGCAAUGUUUAUCCUAUGAUUGGAACUGUUGGUGCCCCCCUGACAACUAUUGAAGCGCGGCUUGAGUCGGUCCCAGAACUGGGAUAUGAUGCACUUUCUAGUGUGCCAUGUGGAGAGAUUUUCCUAGGAGGAAAAACCUUGUUUUCUGGUUACCACAAGCGACAAGAUCUAACUGAAGAAGUCCUUAUUGAUGGGUGGUUCUGUACAGGUGAUAUAGGAGGAUGGCAGCCUAAUGGAGCAAUGAAAGUUACAGACAGGAAAAUGGAAGUAUUUAAACUGUCUCAAGGUGAAUAUGUUGCUAUGGAAAGCAUUGAAAGCAAAUACUUGCAAUGGCCCCUUAUCACAUCGAUAUGUGUUUAUGGGAACGGCUUUGAGUCAUUUCUUGUUGCUGUGGUUGUUCCUGGCAGAAAGGCCUUGGAGGACUGGGCAGCUGAGCAUCAUUUGACUGAUGCAUUGUGUCAAAACCUGAAAGCAAGAAAUUACAUUUUGGAUGAGCUCAAUAUUACGGCUUCAAGGGUUUGAGUUAUUAGAAGCAGCUUCAAAAUUUGGUUCAGAUGGCAAAGAAGGAAGAUGAUGAGGUGGGCUCUAAUUUCUUCUCUUGACUCCUAUC